CUGAGAGAAGCCGAGGCUCCGUUUCAGCACCUGGACAGCUCCCCUCUGUCAGGGUUCCCUGCUGCGCACACCGGGGGAAGCCCUCGGCUGGGGAGCGCAACCCGGUCCCUUAACUCAACUUGUCUCAUCCAGGGGAGAAGGGCCGCUGCUUAAAUCCUUGUGACUAUACUUAAGAAAAGCUAACAUGGCUCUUGACGAAUGACGCUGCUUCAUGCAUUCGAGCUACAGUCUCCGCUUGGUUUUGCACCGAAAUCCACGCAGCACAAGGGAGCAGCGAGAACAGCUACGGUGCUCGUCCAGUGCAAAAGUGCAGCGGGUUGCUGCAACCUACACGCACUGCGAGCCUGCUGCUGCUGCUGCUGCUUCACUCACAGUGAUCACCACCGAGGGAGACAUUAGUUUCUAUAGGGGAGCAACUGGAGGCACAGUUACGCAUCAACAAUGUAAAUCUUUUACAGAUGUGCUCUACCCAGGUUCAGCAUGAAACCAGGAUCUCCUAGGUGGAAAGGUGAACUGCAGCUCUAGAACAGGCAGAAGUGAGCUGGGAUUGCGAGGAAAGACAUCAACAACUAAUUGCUUUCCCUUCUACAUCACCCAUCACGAUGGCUAAUGCUGAAGAAGUGGAACAGGCAAGUCUGUCAGACUUGGAGAUCAUCUCCCAGCCGGUGGAGGAUGAGAACCAACGCCUGGCUCCUCCGGUCCAGCUGGUGAGCUUUGGCUACAGAGAUCUGCCCCUUGCAGCUCUGGACCUGUCACUGGCCGGUUCUCAGCUGCUGUCCAAUGCAGAUGAAGACGAAAACCGGGAAGGGUCCAACUGGCUGAAGCCUUGCUGUGGGCGUCGAGUGGCUCUGUGGCAGGUCUGCCUGCUCAGCGCUGGCUUUAACUGUGUGCUGGUGGCCUGCGUUAUUCUGGUGGUGCUUUUUCUGUCUUUGGAGUUGCUCAUAGACACCAAACUAUUACAAUUUUCCAGUGCAUUCCAAUUCGCCACCGUUAUUCACUGGAUCAGCCUUAUCAUUCUGUCGCUGUUUUUUUCAGAGACUGUCUUUAGAAUUGUAGUGCUCGGGAUCUGGGAUUACAUUGAAAACAAAGUGGAGGUAUUUGAUGGAGCUGUUAUUGUGCUUUCUCUGGCCCCAAUGGUGGCCUCCACAGUGGCCAAUGGACCCAGUAGCCCCUGGGACGCAAUCAGCCUCAUCAUCACCCUGCGCAUUUGGAGGGUCAAAAGAAUCAUAGACGCGUAUGUACUGCAAGUCAAAGUGGAGAUGGAACUGGAAAUCCAGCAGUGUGAGAAGACGAAGGCUGUGAGGGAAGAGCAGCUGGAGCGUCUCACUCAGAUCUGUCAGGAACAGGCUUUUGAGAUCCGGCAGCUUCGGGCACAUCUGGCCCAGCAGGACUUGGACCUGGCAGCAGAGCGUCAGGCAGCUAUGCAGAUCCACCACGCAUGGGGCAAACAAGGCAGAAGCUUCCAGGUAGUGGAAGGUUUGACACCCGGGGAGUCCGACGACGAGGGUGGGCAGAGAAACCCCAGGGAGUUGCAGACAAAUACAGAUACCAUGGUGCGUGAUGAUAUGAACAACUACAUUAGCCAAUAUUACAGUGAAGCCAGCAGCGAUACUGGAGCGCCUGGCCUAGGGGCCCGGGUCAUCACUACGGCAGCCAUUGACGUCCACCUCCCUAACAGUACCAACUCCAUCCAGUCAAAUGCGAAGCUUGCCAUGGAGCGGGUAGGCAGCGCUGUAAGUGACGUGUCCACCAGCAUAUCCCAGUCCAGUGGCAGCCUAACGGUCCGCCCUCUCAGUCUGAGCAGCCACACCCCAGGUUCAUCCAUGACAGACUGCAGCAGCAGCACCGCUAAGGACGUCAGCUCCCAUCGCUGUUGCCCUCCUUCCCUCUCAGGGCGGGACCCCUGCAGGGACCCCAGUGCUGUGGUGCAGGAGCUGCUAUCCUCCCUCUCAGAAGACUCCUGCCUUGCUCAGAAGGGCUUGGCAGUAGACCCCGUCAACCUUAAGCUUCCUAGCCCCACUGGCUCAGAAAAGGGCAGCCCUGAGCUGGACAAUAGAAUAAACCUGUUCAAUCGCAGGAACCAGGAGGAAAGGCGAGGGCGGGGAAGAGGGUGUGUUCAGCUGCAGACGAAGCCACUAAUCCACCUGCAGGGCAGCACUACUGAGCCGUCUCUGGAGGAGAAGUACAGACUUCUUGGCCCGGCCGACUCGCCUCUGGGGCACAUGCCUGACACAUAAGCUACAUUAACGGAGAAACAGAAGCUGUUGGUUUACUUUUAUCCCCAUCCUGUAUGGCAUAUGUUUAAUCUUUUGUGACAGGUCAGUCCUCUUGAGAGGAACGCCAUAAGAGUCGAAAAUUAGGUUUUAUUGGUUGCUUUUCGAAGCCAUUCCUUAUUAAUUCAAACUAAGCUUGAGUCUCAGCUUCCAGAUGACGCCUAUGUUCCUUCAAAACACAAAACAGAAUUAGAGGUUUUAUUCAAUCCCCUUUGUAAAUCUAUUCAGUUUCCUUGGUGUCCCAUACAUGGGUUUUGAAAUUAAAUAUAUACCAAGGUAUAACAGAACAUAGACUGAAAUAUCCUACUUACAGGGAAUCUAUUGUGUUCUCUGAGACACUUAGAAUCAGGAAUUCACACUUUGCAGGUAUCAGAAAUGUCUCGUCCACUACCAGAAUAAAAACCAGCAAAGGGCCGAUCAUGCUACACGGAACAAAACAAAUCCUGAACAAACUAUGUUGAACAAGUGUCUUCUAUUGGAUUAUUUAAUAUUUGUUCCUUUUUUUUGUACUUUUAACUAUAAAUGUUGUGCAUGUUCUCUGUUCAAACAGCUACAGGGUAUUUAAAACAUUAUGGCCUAUUCAAAUAGCAUUUAUUUAUUUUUUUUUUUUACUUUUACCUUUCUGUUAUCAAUAUUUUUCAUCGAUCACAGAAAUAUCAAUGAAAUAUGUUUUGUUUUUUUUAAAUCAUGGACCACGAAUGAAAACUUUAAUUCAGCGGCAUUUUUGUCUUUACAGAAUUCUUAGUGAGGGUAAACGAAAAGAAAAGUUAACUAAAUGGUCUCUUCUCAUGAAGCUAGACCAGAGUGCUUGUAGCAUGAACCUUUAAAUGAUACGUGCCAGAAAUGGCGAUCAAAUUCUUUGCACUUUAAUGUUUACUGACACUUUUGUAAACUUGAUACAGAAAAAAAAUGUUUCCAAUUG